AGCAAAAAGGCCGACUCCAGCAGUCCAGCUGCUUGCAGUGCUAUCCUGCCUGCCUGAAAGUGCCACUCCGACACUUUUGCUGAUUUGAUGUGUUAAUUGCCUCGCGCCGUCUGCUUUUCAGGCAAAUUAUCCUCAUGUCGCCUCACAGAUAACUUGCUUUCUGUAAAUUUUUGGGCUGAGCUACCGGGCUGCACGAAAUUAGCGAUCAAACAACUCGAUUUGACACACGGCCAGCACACGACACACGCGUAACAACACAACACGUCAGAACAAAUUAACUGGUCGCCGCGUUUUGGUGGAGCGUCGUAUCAUAAAUGAAAUUCUCUGGUGAACAAACAAUACAUUGAAUCUGCACAGCCAUGGCACUUCGUCAGAUGCUUGCCUUUUCCGCUCUCCUGCUCUUCAGCAUCCAGCUAAUCAGUGCUGAAAAAGAGCCUGUCGACGUUGAGUCGGUUGAACCUGAUGUUCCUGUGGUGCAAGACGACUUCUUCAAAAAUCCCAAGACAACAGAGGCGCCUCUCAUCAGCGAUGUGGGUUUUAUUCACGCGUUUGUGGCUUCUCUCUCUGUCAUCAUUGUGUCCGAACUCGGCGAUAAAACUUUCUUCAUUGCGGCCAUCAUGGCAAUGCGACACCCUCGAAUCACAGUUUUUGCUGGAGCUAUUAGCGCGCUAGCUUUCAUGACAGUAUUAUCAGCUGCAUUCGGUUGGAUUGUAACCGUCAUUCCACGUAUAUAUACUUACUAUGUGUCGACUGCACUCUUUGCUUUGUUUGGAAUAAAAAUGCUGAAUGAGGGAUGCAAGAUGUCUCCAAAUGAAGGUCAAGAAGAGUUAGAGGAAGUGCAGAUGGACAUAAGAAGAAGAGAAGAUGAGUAUGAGAGAGAAGCCAGUGCCCCUGAUGUCGAAACUGGAACUGCUAGAAGAAGGUCUGCGUCUCUGAUGUCUGCAGUGUCUCGAAUCCUGAUCCAGUCAUUCACUCUCACCUUUUUGGCUGAGUGGGGAGACCGAUCACAAUUAGCUACUAUUAUCCUCGCAGCAAGAGAGGAUGUUUACGGUGUCACUCUGGGUGGCAUUCUGGGGCACGCACUGUGCACAGGUCUGGCCGUUGUUGGAGGACGCUUCAUCGCACAAAAGAUCUCAGUCCGGACUGUUACUAUUAUUGGAGGCGUUGUAUUCCUACUGUUUGCUGCCACCGCACUCUUCUUCGAUCCAACUGCUGAAUAACAACCAAGUGAGGUGUUGAAAUAAACUGGUUGAUGUGAGAGUUUGAAUUGGUGCUGCCAACGAAUUUGAACACUUCUGAGUGACAAAUAGCAGUUAUUCUAAUUAAUAGAGAGCAAGUCCUCGUUGUGCAUUGAUGUUUUUAUUGUGAGAUCACUGUCAGUGUUUUAUGGUUUCUGACUUGCUGUGCUAGGCGAUGUUAUUUAGCCAGCCAUCGCUUUGGAAGAUCCUGCAAUACAACCAACUGGUUUUCCUUCUAUAUUGUAUUUGUUAUUAAAUUUAACCUAAUUGUCAGUGAUACUUAAGAUGCAGACUCAAUUAGCAUUCACAUUCUGUACAAUUCAAGCGAAAUUACAGUGGAGAUGUCAGAUUGUUCUGAAAAAUCAAAUAUAUUUCCGUGUAAAAUCAAAA